GUAUCCACAAUUCAUUUAGAGUUACUUAAUAGCCUAUUUCUUAUACUAUAUCUCUAUCCCGUGAAAUUCUCGAGCCCAAAGAUGGAUGCAUAUGCUGUGUUUCAUUUUGCUAAAUGAUAUCAAUUAAAUGGUAUAUCAAUUCUAUAAAUUGGAUAUAGCAAUAAAUAAAUCAGCAAAAUUCUUUUAUUUUAGAUAGAAGAAAUGUUUCUUCUAUCUAAAAUAAAAGAAUGUACCCUUCUAUCCAAAUCCAAUUUGCAUCGAUAAAAUAAAUCCAAAUUCCAGAUUCCAGCAGUAGAUGAAUAAUUGCAAAUUUUUGUGUGUACGAGAUUAGAAUAACUUAAAAAUAACUGACAUAAUUUUUUAUUUUUCCUGAUCAGAAAAAUACAUGAAAAAGAAAGGAGGUAGAAAAAUUUGUUGAUUUAUGGUUAAAGAAGAAAAACAAGAAAACAGGGGUUCUGUUGAAUUUCAAGUAUUCAGUUUCACCAAUAAGAUACGGAGACUUGCUUCACAUUUAGAAUUACACAAAAAAGAUUUUUCAUCGGAAAGAGGUCUACGAAGACUUUUGGGAAAACGUCAACGUUUGCUGGCUUAUUUGGCAAAGAAAAAUAGAGUACGUUAUAAGAAAUUAAUAAGUCAGUUGGAUAUUCGGGAGAAGUAAUUUAAUCGUUCUCAUUUUUUUCUUAUUUUAUUAGUAGUCUUAUAGUAGUCUUAGAUUUUGCAUUUUGAUGAGCCUCGUUUUGAGGAAUUCAUGGAAUAAUCCAUUUUCAUGGAAUAAAGAAUAAGAACAAGGAUAUGAGUCUAUCGCUUAAAAGAAAAGAUCUCAUGAUAGUCAAUAUGGGCCCUCAACACCCAUCAAUGCAUGGUGUUCUUCGACUGAUUGUUACUCUCGAUGGUGAAGAUGUUAUUGAUUGCGAACCCAUAUUAGGGUAUUUACACAGAGGAAUGGAAAAAAUCGCGGAAAACAGAAGUAUUAUACAAUACUUGCCUUAUGUAACACGAUGGGAUUAUUUAGCUACUAUGUUUACAGAAGCAAUAACGGUAAAUGCACCAGAAUUCUUAGAGAAUAUUCAAAUACCCAAAAGAGCCAGCUAUAUUAGAGUAAUUAUGUUAGAAUUGAGCCGUAUAGCUUCUCAUUUGUUAUGGCUUGGACCUUUUAUGGCGGAUCUCGGGGCACAGACUCCCUUUUUCUACAUUUUUAGAGAGAGAGAAUUGAUAUAUGAUCUAUUUGAAGCUGCUACAGGUAUGCGAAUGAUGCAUAAUUACUUUCGCAUCGGAGGAGUCGCUGCCGAUCUCCCUUAUGGAUGGAUGGAUAAAUGUUUAGAUUUCUGUGAUUAUUUUUUACAAGGAGUUGUUGAAUAUCAAGAACUUAUUACACAGAAUCCCAUUUUUUUAGAACGAGUUGAAGGAGUCGGUUUUAUUAGCGGAGAAGAAGCUGUAAAUUGGGGCUUAUCGGGACCAAUGUUACGAGCUUCUGGAAUACAAUGGGAUCUUCGUAAAAUUGAUCCUUAUGAGUCUUACAAUCAAUUCGAUUGGAAAGUCCAAUGGCAAAAAGAAGGAGAUUCGUUAGCUCGCUAUUUAGUACGAGUCGGUGAAAUGAGGGAAUCCAUAAAAAUUAUUCAACAGGCUGUAGAGAAAAUUCCUGGAGGACCUUAUGAGAAUUUAGAAGCCCGACGCUUUAAGAAAGCAAAGAAUCCCGAAUGGAAUGAUUUUGAAUAUCGAUUUCUUGGUAAAAAACCUUCGCCCAAUUUUGAAUUAUCAAAGCAAGAGCUUUAUGUAAGAGUAGAAGCUCCAAAAGGCGAAUUAGGAAUUUAUCUGGUAGGAGAUGAUAGUCUUUUCCCCUGGAGAUGGAAAAUUCGUCCACCGGGUUUUAUUAAUUUGCAAAUUCUUCCUCAGCUAGUUAAAAAAAUGAAAUUGGCUGAUAUCAUGACAAUAUUAGGUAGUAUAGAUAUCAUUAUGGGGGAAGUUGAUCGUUGAAAUGAUAAUAGAUAGGGUAGAGGUAGAAACUAUCAAUUCUUUUUCGAAAUCGGAAUUAUUUAAAGAAAUCUACGGACUUAUAUGGAUUCUACCCAUUUUUGCCCUCCUACUGGGAAUCACAAUAGAAGUACUCGUAAUUGUGUGGUUAGAAAGAGAAAUAUCCGCAUCGAUACAACAACGUAUUGGUCCUGAAUAUGCUGGCCCCCUGGGACUGCUUCAAGCUAUAGCAGAUGGAACUAAACUACUUUUAAAAGAGGAUAUCCUCCCAUCCCGAGGAGAUAUUCCUUUAUUUAGCAUUGGUCCCUCUAUAGCAGUCAUAUCCAUUUUAUUAAGUUUUUUAGUUAUCCCUUUAGGAUAUCGUUUUGUUUUAGCUGAUCUUAGUAUUGGUGUUUUUUUAUGGAUUGCGAUUUCAAGUAUUGCUCCUAUUGGUCUUCUCAUGGCAGGAUAUAGCUCAAAUAAUAAAUAUUCUUUUUCAGGCGGUCUACGAGCGGCUGCUCAAUCUAUUAGUUAUGAAAUACCAUUAACUUUUUGUGUACUAGCAAUAUCUCUACGUGUGAUUCGUUAAAAUAGGAUCUUUUUCCUCUAAAAUACAUUGAAUGCUUAUCUUCCUUUGCUUAUUCUGUAUUCGCGUUGGUAAGUUAAACUCGAUAGCUAUAUGAGUGAAACAAAACAGCUUAUUAAUUUGUAGUAAAAGUAAAAAAUCUCAUUUCCUACGUACAAGAAAAAAGUUCAAGUAAACAUAAGCAGUGUAAACUCUUUACCCCAAGGUUGAGAUUGUUUGAUUAGUCAUCAUAUCUUGAAGCGGGCAAGAAUAAAGGAUUCGCGAUAUGGAAUUCCAUUACUAGAAUAUUUUGAGUUAUUACUAUAAUUUAAACUUAUAACCAUAAGGCAAUCCAUCAAAAGUUAGUGAGGGAUUAGGAACACUAAAGUACAUACAGGAUUAGUAAUGAGAGAAUCUAAAUCAUUAGACAUUUUUCCUCAUAAAAGGAAUCAUAAUAAGGACUUGAAAUUGGUGGAAAUGAUCAAGCAGUACUUUCUUCAGAUUCCGGUCUAGAGUAUGUUCCCAUUCACUUGUUAAGGAAAUGGCUAUCAAGAACGAAUUAACCCUUUAUUCUUUUUUUUUAAGUAUACCCCUCCCGGGGAAAGAAGAGUAGGACAAAAGAUAUGGAAUACAAUACAAAAAAGGAUCUUUAUUUAUUCUUUCCUUCCUUUAUCCCUAUUCAUACAGAAUUCCUCAUGAACUAAUGCCAAAUUCUUUCCAUUUAUUAAUUGCUAUAACGAGUGAUUUAUUCCAAUAUUAAGUUAUUACCGAACAAAGCAAAAUUAUAUUAUAUAAAGGAUGAGAUCAAUUCGGAAGCGCUUUUUUGUUAUUCUAGCAGACGUAAUUGCUUUGGUCUAAUUUUGGGCUUUCCAAUCAAUUUUAUCUUAUCUAAUUCUAUCUAUGCCCAGAGGAUGAUACCGAAACGAAACAAUCCUUUCCUUUUUUCUGAUCAUAGAGGAGCCGUAUGAAGCUAAGGUUUCAUGUACGGUUUUGGAAUAGCGGUGGGAACUGUGAUGUUAUCAUCGACUAUGAUUAUCUAAUAGUUCAAGUACAGUUGAUAUAGUUGAAGCACAGUCCAAAUAUGGUUUUUUUGGAUGGAAUCUUUGGCGUCAGCCUAUAGGUUUUCUAGUUUUUCUAAUUUCUUCUUUGGCAGAAUGUGAAAGAUUACCCUUUGAUUUACCAGAAGCAGAAGAAGAAUUAGUAGCAGGUUAUCAAACCGAAUAUUCUGGUAUUAAAUAUGGUUUAUUUUAUCUUGUUUCUUACCUAAAUUUAUUAGUUUCCUCUUUAUUUGUAACUGUUCUAUACUUAGGCGGGUGGAAUUUCUCUAUUCCCUAUAUAUCCUUUUUUGGAUUUUUCCAAAUGAAUAAAAUAAUUGGAAUUUUGGAAAUGGUAAUAGGUAUCUUUAUUACAUUAACUAAAGCUUAUUUAUUUCUCUUCAUUUCUAUCACAAUAAGAUGGACUUUACCCAGGAUGAGAAUGGAUCAGUUAUUAAAUCUUGGAUGGAAAUUUCUUUUACCUAUUUCUCUGGGCAAUCUCUUAUUAACAACUUCUUCCCAACUAGUUUCACUAUAAAUAAGAAUACAAUAACAGUAAGAAUAUUUUCAACACAAAAGUUCUCUCAAACAAGAGAAAGAAACAUACCUUUUUCAUAUAUAGAUUUAGAAUAUGUUCCCUAUGCUAACUGGGUUCAUUAGUUAUGGUCAACAAACAAUACGCGCCGCAAGAUACAUUGGUCAAAGUUUCAUAAUUACCUUAUCCCACACAAAUCGUUUACCUAUAACGAUUCACUACCCUUAUGAAAAAUCAAUUACAUCGGAGCGUUUCCGGGGGCGAAUACACUUUGAAUUUGAUAAAUGCAUUGCUUGUGAAGUAUGUGUUCGCGUAUGCCCGAUAGAUCUACCCCUUGUGGAUUGGAGAUUUGAAAAGGAUAUUAAAAGAAAACAAUUGCUUAAUUAUAGUAUUGAUUUCGGAGUUUGUAUAUUUUGCGGUAACUGUGUUGAAUACUGUCCCACAAAUUGUUUAUCAAUGACUGAAGAAUAUGAACUUUCUACUUAUGAUCGUCAUGAAUUGAAUUACAAUCAAAUUGCUUUGAGUCGGUUACCAAUCUCCAUAAUGGGAGAUUACACAAUUCAAACAAUUAGGAAUUCGCCUCAAAGUAAAAUAGACGAAGAAAAAUCUUGGAAUUCAAGAACGAUUACAGAUUACUAGGUAUUAGGAUUUUUUUAUUAGAAAAAUCCAUUUUUACUAACUCUAACGAAAAAAGAAUAACUACUGCUUAACAACUUAUAUGUAUAUACAAAAAAAUAUCCUAAUACCUUUUUCCUUCCUUGAAUCUUUUAGUUUUAGUCAGUUCAUGAAAAAUUUUAUACUAGAAAUUUCUUCUUAUCCAUAAUGGAUUUACCUGGACCAAUACAUGAGAUUCUUGUGCUAUUUGGGGGAUUUGGUCUUCUACUAGGAGGUCUAGGAGUAGUAUUACUUACCAACCCAAUUUAUUCUGCCUUUUCGCUGGGAUUAGUUCUUGUUUGUAUAUCCUUAUUCUAUUUUUUAUUAAAUUCCUACUUUGUAGCUGUCGCACAACUUCUUAUUUAUGUGGGAGCCAUAAAUGUCUUGAUCAUAUUUGCUGUAAUGUUUGUAAACGGCUCAGAGUGGUCUAAAGAUAAGAAUUAUUGGACUAUUGGAGAUGGGUUUACUUUACUCCUUUGUAUAACUAUUCCUUUUUCACUAAUGACUACUAUCCCAGAUACGUCGUGGUAUGGAAUUCUUUGGACUACAAGAUCAAACCAAAUAGUAGAACAGGGUCUCAUAAAUAACGUUCAACAAAUUGGGAUUCAUUUAGCAACCGAUUUUUAUCUUCCGUUUGAACUCAUUUCCCUAAUUCUUCUAGUUUCUUUAAUAGGUGCAAUUACUAUGGCUCGACAAUAAGAAAUACUUAGAAUGAGUCAAAAUUCUUAGAAUUUCAAAUAUAAAAUAAAUAACUAAAGAAUCACAAUUUUGAUUUAGUAAAACCCAUCUACUGCCAAUACAACAAAUACCUUCUUUUCUCUUUUGUUGCGUAAUUGUUCUAUUCUAAUUAAUUGAAUCGGUUCAAUUCUUGUCCUCAUAUUGAAAUGAAUCGAGAUUGAUAAGGAGUUAGUUAAUGAUGUUUGAGCAUGUACUUUUUUUGAGUGUCUAUUUAUUUUCGAUUGGUAUCUAUGGAUUGAUCACAAGCCGAAACAUGGUUAGAGCUCUAAUAUGUCUUGAACUUAUACUGAAUUCAAUUAAUCUAAAUCUCGUAACAUUUUCUGAUCUAUUUGAUAGUCGCCAAUUAAAAGGAGACAUUUUCGCAAUUUUUGUUAUAGCCCUUGCGGCUGCUGAAGCAGCUAUUGGACUAUCCAUUCUUUCUUCCAUCCAUCGUAACAGGAAAUCAACUCGUAUCAAUCAAUCCAAUUUUUUGAAUAAUUAGACAUAGAAUCCCCUAAACAAAGGGGCAUAUAUAAUAAUAAGAAACAUUAAGAUGAAUAGAAAUCUAAUCUUAUUUUCUUAUUAGUGUUUAAUAAUAUCCUUUUUUUGAGUAGGUUAUUUCAGAGUAUUGUUUUUUACUUAUUGAAUAUUGCAUUUUUGCAAUUCAUUGAUAUUGCAAUUUGAAUAUUGCAAUAAUUUAUAUUGAAAAGAUGAUAGCCAAUUUAUUGGCUAAUUCGAAUUAGUAUGUAGAAUUCGUAUAAUUAUAACUGUUGAAGCCUUAAAUUCAAGUCUCUUGGCUCUUUUCACGCUUUCUCACAAACAGAUUACGAAAUAUAUUGCAUUAUUUGUUAAAGUUUGGAUAAACCAUUGCUUCGUCUGGUGUCUACAAUACAUCUAAUUUAUAUAGUACUAAUUUCAUUUUUACCAGAUCGAAAAUUUUUAUGUUGAAAAGGAAAAUUUAGAGAUCCAAUGUCACAUUCUGUAAAAAUUUAUGAUACAUGUAUAGGAUGCACUCAAUGUGUACGAGCUUGCCCAACAGAUGUAUUAGAAAUGAUACCUUGGGAUGGAUGUAAAGCCAAGCAAAUUGCUUCCGCGCCGAGAACCGAAGAUUGUGUGGGUUGUAAGAGAUGCGAAUCCGCCUGUCCAACGGAUUUUUUAAGUGUCCGCGUUUAUUUAGGGCCUGAAACAACCCGCAGCAUGGCUCUAUCUUAUUGAUACGUUACAAAAAACUCCACUUGAAUCGUCUGAUUCCUCUUUACCGAAGAAGCCUGUGCUCGAAAUAAUCGAGCAUGGGCUUUUCUGGUCAAAACGUAUCUUGUCUUUAUUACUUUAUCAUGAGUUAUUUUCCUUGGUUAACAAUACUUGUUGUUUUGCCGAUAUUUGCAGGUUCAUUAAUUUUCUUUUUACCUCAUAAAGGAAAUAAAAUCGUUAGGUGGUAUACUAUAGCUAUUUGUUUAUUAGAAUUCCUUCUAAUGACUUAUGCAUUCUGUUAUCAUUUCCAAUUGGAGGAUCCUUUAAUCCAAUUAAAGGAGGAUUCUAAAUGGAUAGAUGUUUUCGAUUUCCACUGGAGAUUGGGAAUCGAUGGACUUUCAUUAGGAUCUAUUUUAUUGACAGGAUUUAUCACUACUUUAGCUACUUUAGCGGCUUGGCCGGUUACUCGGAAUUCGCAAUUAUUCUAUUUCCUGAUGCUAGCAAUGUAUAGCGGUCAAAUAGGAUUAUUUUCUUCACGAGACCUUUUACUUUUUUUUAUCAUGUGGGAGUUAGAAUUAAUUCCUGUUUACUUACUUUUAUCCAUGUGGGGGGGAAAGAGGCGUCUGUAUUCAGCUACCAAGUUUAUUUUGUAUACUGCAGGCGGUUCCAUUUUUUUCUUAAUUGGAGUUCUGGGUAUGGGAUUAUAUGGUUCCAAUGAACCCGGAUUAGAUUUAGAAAGAUUGAUUAAUCAAUCAUACCCUACAACAUUGGAAAUACUACUGUAUUUUGGCUUCCUUAUUGCUUAUGCUGUCAAAUUGCCGAUUAUACCUUUACAUACGUGGUUACCAGAUACCCAUGGGGAAGCGCAUUACAGUACAUGUAUGCUUUUAGCCGGAAUUCUAUUAAAGAUGGGAGCAUACGGAUUGAUUCGGGUCAAUAUGGAAUUGUUACCGCAUGCUCAUUAUCUAUUUUCCCCUUGGUUGGUAAUAAUAGGAGCGGUGCAAAUAAUCUAUGCAGCUUCAACUUCUCUUGGUCAACGAAAUUUCAAAAAAAGAAUAGCCUACUCCUCCGUAUCUCACAUGGGUUUCAUAAUUAUAGGAAUUGGUUCCAUAACCAACAUUGGACUAAAUGGAGCUAUUUUACAAAUAUUAUCUCAUGGAUUUAUCGGUGCUACACUUUUUUUCUUGGCGGGAACGGCUUGUGAUAGAAUGCGUCUUGUUUAUCUCGAAGAACUGGGGGGAAUAUCUAUCCCAAUGCCAAAAAUUUUUACCAUGUUUAGUAGCUUUUCAAUGGCUUCUCUUGCCUUGCCGGGAAUGAGCGGUUUUGUUGCAGAAUUAGUAGUAUUUUUUGGACUAAUUACUAGUCCUAAAUUUAUGUUAAUGCCAAAAAUGCUAAUUACUUUUGUAAUGGCAAUAGGAAUGAUAUUAACUCCUAUUUAUUUAUUAUCUAUGUUACGCCAGAUGUUCUAUGGAUACAAGCUAUUUCAUGUUCCAAACAAAAAUUUUGUAGAUUCUGGACCACGAGAACUCUUUCUUUUAAUCUGUAUCUUUUUACCAGUAAUAGGAAUUGGUAUUUAUCCAGAUUUGGUUCUCUCGCUAUCCGUUGAUAGGGUAGAGGUUCUAUUAUCCAAUUAUUAUACUAAAUAGGAUUUUCUUUUUUAACCAGUCCGCUCUAUAUUCCAGAGUGGAAAAAUAAAAAAUUCAGAAAAAAGUAAAAAAGUCUAAUUAGAUCUAUCUCGAAUUUUUGAGAACCCCUUGAACGUCUUUUCAAAGGGUUCUCAAAUCAAACUAAAAAGGAAAAAAACCGAAGGUUUUAUGUUAUGUAAUUAUUUAGAUGGUAAUGUAAAUGAACCGUAACUAUGUAAACCUAUUCCUAACAGAUUGAUACCAAAAUAGCAGAUCCAAAUUAUAAGAAAUCCUAUCGAAGCUACAAGUGCGGAAUUCGUACCCUUCCAAUUUGGAUUUUUUCUACUAUGUAAAUAUAUUGCAAAUAUGGUCCAGGUAAUAAAUGCCCAAGUUUCCUUAGGAUCCCAAUUCCAAUAGGAUCCCCAUGCCUCAUUAGCCCAUACUGCUCCACAAAGAAUACCCACGGUUAAAAGAGUAAACCCUAGACUAAUGACACGAUAACUCCAAGAAUCCAAACGCUCAGUUAAUUGAUAUUUGUAAUAAUUUGGAAAUACGGGAAAAGAGGUGUUUUUUAAAGCACUUCUUUUUGCAUAUAAAUAUUCAAUCUCACUAAAGAAAAAUGUUUUAAGAAAAACAUUUUUCUUUAGUGAAAAGAAAUCGAAAUUCUUUCGAAAUCUAAUGAUUAGAAGAGCGGCGGAUAAUAAGGAUCCACACAAAAGAGUUGCAUAGCUUAGUAACAUCAUACUGACAUGCAUCAUUAACCACUGAGAUUGUAGAGCAGGUACUAGUAUUGUGGAUUGAUGCAUUUCAGUUAAAAGACCCGACGUGGCAAAGCCUUGCGUUAAAAUAGUACUUGGCGUAGUUAUUGUGCUUAAAUCAUUUUUCGAGUUCUGUAUCUUAGGAAUAGUAUGAAGAAUAUACAGAGUCCAUGAAAGGAAGAUCAAUGACUCAUAUAAAUUACUUAAUGGAAAAUGUCCCGAAGAAACCCAACGAGAGACUAAAAAUCCUGUUAUAGAGAAAAAAGUAGCUAUCAUUCCUUUUUCUGACGAAUCACGUAAUCCCCUAAGUUCACGAACUAAUAAGGUUAUCAAAUGAAUCGUAAUCACAAUUGAAAUGGUUGAGAAAGAGAUAUGAGUUAGUAUAUGUUCUAAAGUUGCAAAUAGCAUAACGAUAAGGUCCCAUUACAAAAUUGGAAAUUUCGAAUUGAAUCCAUUUUCUAAUUUAUUGUAUUCUUUUUCGAGAAUGCCGCCACUCGGAUUCGAACCGAGAUGCUUGAGCACUGCUUCCUAAGAGCAGCGUGUCUACCAAUUUCACCAUGGCGGCUAAUUUAAAAUAAUAGUUAACUUAAAAGAAUAAUAGUUAUUUUAUCGUGAAUCGUCGAGACUGGGAGAAGCCAUAGAAUUUAGGAACAUUAGAAGUUCAUCAUUAGAAGUUCAUCAUUAACUACAAUGAAAUGCAUUUUGUAUUUUAGAAAAAUUGAUAGAAUGAAAGCCUUUACACUCUUAUUAAUAUGAUGUACCAGUCCUAAACCCAUUUAUAUGGGAAUUUUGGAUAAGAUUAGGUGGAGGUUGUAAGUCCUAUUGCAAGAAUAGUCUACUUUUUAUAAUAGAAUCCUCGUUUUUAUGAGAAUUCUAUUAUAAAAAAAAGUUCUUUGAUAGGAAAAGAAUACUGAGGACACAAUAUACCAAAAACUUUUGUUCUAUAUAAUGAUAAUGGAGGGAUUCGUUCUAAGAAUAUUGUACCGAGGAAUUCGACACAUAAAAGUACAUUUAUUAAUUAAUCCGAAUUAUUCAUUCAUAUUAAAUAAUUGGAAUUUCUUUUGGAUAGUUCAAUUCAGAUUAUUUCAAAAUCUUAUUAUUUGUUUGCUUGUUGCCCAGAAAAACCUUUUGGUUUUGGAUGCUCGUUGCCCCUAGAAAAUGAUCUUGAUUUUGCUAAAGAAUAAGAUUGUACUAUGGAAAAAUAAGUCUUUUUUUUCCAAAGAUUUUUACGAAUACGCUUUUUUGACAUCGAAGUACGUUUUUUUGGAACUGCCAUUCAAAAAGGGAAUUACUUUUUUCUAGUUGUAUGUGAAAGACAUCUAUUGCCACAAAUCAAUCCUUCUUUCUGUUUUUUCUUAGUAUUUAUACUUAGAUACUGAAAGAUACUGAAAGAUACUUAAAUUCUAAAUUCUUCUUUAGUUCAUUUUGUCUAAUGUGGAUAAGACAAGAGUUUUUUAAGAUUUUCUAUUUAAAUCAAUUUCUAUAUCAAAUAUACUCCAUAUAUAAAUAUAUGGUAUGGGGGAUAAGCCCUCAUAUAAGAGGGGGAGAUAAAAAGAAGGUAAAAUUCAAUUCAAAUAGUUAAUUAAGUUCAGAAGGCUAUUCCAUAAUUGAAUUCCAAUAAAAAAAAAUACUUAGUCUCUUAAACAAGACAUUCUAAAACUUAGAGAAUUCUAGUCAUUAGGAUUUCCUUUUAUAUGAAAUAAGCAAUAUUCGAGAAUUUCCUAUAAAUAUAGGUUUUCUUUGGAAUUCAAUCAAUCAAUUACGAAACAAGAGAGCUCUUUUAUUUUAACAAAAAGAAAUACAAAAAUGAUUAGAAAGUAAAAUUAUUCAAUCUUUUUUUGUAUUUUAAUAAAUAUUUUUUUUUACUAAUAACUAGAUACCGAAAUUCUUUGAUUCACUUUUUGAAUUUAAGUAACUAAACCCAUUCUAAAUUUUGGAAUAUUUUAAUGAGAGAAAUUAGAAAAAUUCAUAAUUCCAGUAUUUUUUAUUUUUCUUAUUUUGUUUUUUUAAUUCCUUUAGAAAGAGAUAAGAAUAGGUUUGGUGAAUCGGAAACAAUUUUAUUUUAUAGAAAAAUUGAACUAUAAAUUUAAACUAAAAAUUGCUAUUUCUUUUCUUAUGGAACAUACAUAUCAAUAUGCCUGGGUAAUUCCUCUUCUCCCACUUCCAGUUAUUAUGUCAAUGGGAUUUGGACUUUUUCUUAUUCCUACAGCAACAAAAAAUCUUCGUCGGAUAUGGGCUUUUCCUAGUAUUUUACUCUUAAGUAUAGCUAUGGUAUUCUCACUUCACCUGUCUAUUCAACAAAUAAAUGGAAGUUCUAUCUAUCAAUAUCUAUGGUCUUGGACCAUCAAUAAUGAUUUUUCCUUAGAAUUUGGAUACUUGGUCGACCCCCUUACGUCUAUUAUGUUAAUACUAAUUACUACUGUAGGAAUCUUAGUUCUUAUUUAUAGUGACGAUUAUAUGUCUCACGAUGAAGGAUAUUUGAGAUUUUUUGUUUAUAUAAGUUUUUUUAAUACUUCCAUGUUAGGAUUGGUUACUAGUUCCAAUUUGAUACAAAUUUAUUUUUUUUGGGAACUUGUCGGAAUGUGUUCCUAUUUAUUGAUAGGCUUUUGGUUUACGCGGCCAAUUGCAGCGAGUGCUUGUCAAAAAGCUUUUGUAACUAAUCGUGUAGGGGAUUUUGGUCUGUUAUUAGGAAUUUUAGGUUUUUUUUGGAUAACGGGUAGUUUGGAGUUUCGGGAUUUGUUCAAAAUAGCUAAUAACUGGAUUCCUAAUAAUGGGAUUAAUUCCUUACUUACUACUUUGUGUGCUUUUUUAUUAUUCCUUGGUGCAGUUGCAAAAUCUGCACAAUUUCCUCUUCACGUAUGGUUACCUGAUGCUAUGGAAGGACCCACUCCUAUUUCGGCUCUUAUACACGCAGCAACUAUGGUUGCUGCGGGGAUUUUUCUUCUAGCUAGACUUCUUCCUCUUUUCAUAUCCCUACCCUGGAUAAUGAGUUUCAUUUCUUUAAUAGGUACAAUAACACUCUUCUUAGGAGCCACUUUAGCUCUUGCUCAGAGAGAUAUUAAAAGAAGCUUAGCCUAUUCUACAAUGUCUCAAUUGGGUUAUAUGAUGUUAGCUCUAGGUAUAGGUUCUUAUCAAGCUGCUUUAUUCCAUUUGAUCACUCAUGCUUAUUCGAAAGCUUUAUUGUUCUUAGGAUCCGGAUCCGUUAUUCAUUCAAUGGAACCUCUUGUUGGAUAUUCACCAGAUAAAAGUCAGAAUAUGGUUCUUAUGGGUGGUUUAAGAAAAUACGUUCCAAUUACAAGAACUACUUUUUUAUGUGGUACACUUUCUCUUUGUGGUAUUCCACCUCUUGCUUGCUUCUGGUCCAAAGAUGAAAUCCUUAGUAAUAGUUGGUUGUAUUCACCCUUUUUUGGAAUAAUAGCCUCUUUUACUGCAGGAUUAACUGCAUUUUAUAUGUUUCGGAUAUAUUUACUUACUUUUGAUGGGUAUUUGCGUGUUCAUUUUCAAAAUUACAGUAGUACUAAAGAAGGUUCGUUGUAUUCAAUAUCCUUAUGGGGAAAAAGUAUAUCCAAAGGAGUCAAUAGGGAUUUUGUUUUAUCAACAAUGAAGAGUGGAGUUUCUUUUUUUUCACAAAAUAUACCAAAAAUUCCUGCUAAUACAAGAAAUAAGAUAGGAUCCUUUAGUACUCCCUUUGGGGCUAAAAAUACUUUUGUCUAUCCUCAUGAAACGGGAAAUACUAUGCUAUUUCCUCUUCUUAUAUUACUACUUUUUACUUUGUUCAUUGGAUCCAUAGGAAUCCAUUUUGAUAAUGGAGUAAAAGAUAAUAGAAUAUUGGAGUUAACCAUAUUAUCAAAGUGGCUAACUCCUUCAAUAAACUUGUUCCAGGAAAAUUCUAAUUCUUCCAUAAAUUCAUAUGAAUUUCUCACUAAUGCAAUUUCUUCUGUAAGUUUAGCAAUUUUUGGUCUAUUCAUAGCAUAUAUCUUUUAUGGAUCUGCUUAUUCUUUUUUUCAGAAUUUGAAUUUUCAAAAUUCCCUUGUAAAAAAGAAUCCAAAAAAGAGCUUUUUGGAUGAAGUAAAAAAAAAGAUAUACAGCUGGUCAUAUAAUCGUGGUUAUAUAGAUUUUUUCUAUACUAGGGUUUUUAUCCUAGGUAUAAGAAGAUUAGCCGAACUAACGCAUUUUUUUGAUAAAGGUGUCAUUGAUGGAAUUACCAAUGGAGUAGGUCUUGCUGGUUUUUGUAUAGGAGAAGAAAUCAAAUAUGUAGGGGGAGGGCGAAUAUCGUCUUAUCUAUUCUUUUUUUUAUGUUAUGUAUCCUUGUUCUUAUUCUUUAUUCCAUGAAAAUGGAUUAUUCCAUGAAUUCCUCAAAACGAGGCUCAUCAAAAUGCAAAAUCUAAGACUACUAUAAGACUACUAAUAAAAUAAGAAAAAAAUGAGAACGAUUAAAUUACUUCUCCCGAAUAUCCAACUGACUUAUUAAUUUCUUAUAACGUACUCUAUUUUUCUUUGCCAAAUAAGCCAGCAAACGUUGACGUUUUCCCAAAAGUCUUCGUAGACCUCUUUCCGAUGAAAAAUCUUUUUUGUGUAAUUCUAAAUGUGAAGCAAGUCUCCGUAUCUUAUUGGUGAAACUGAAUACUUGAAAUUCAACAGAACCCCUGUUUUCUUGUUUUUCUUCUUUAACCAUAAAUCAACAAAUUUUUCUACCUCCUUUCUUUUUCAUGUAUUUUUCUGAUCAGGAAAAAUAAAAAAUUAUGUCAGUUAUUUUUAAGUUAUUCUAAUCUCGUACACACAAAAAUUUGCAAUUAUUCAUCUACUGCUGGAAUCUGGAAUUUGGAUUUAUUUUAUCGAUGCAAAUUGGAUUUGGAUAGAAGGGUACAUUCUUUUAUUUUAGAUAGAAGAAACAUUUCUUCUAUCUAAAAUAAAAGAAUUUUGCUGAUUUAUUUAUUGCUAUAUCCAAUUUAUAGAAUUGAUAUACCAUUUAAUUGAUAUCAUUUAGCAAAAUGAAACACAGCAUAUGCAUCCAUCUUUGGGCUCGAGAAUUUCACGGGAUAGAGAUAUAGUAUAAGAAAUAGGCUAUUAAGUAACUCUAAAUGAAUUGUGGAUACAUCUGUAUCCUUAACAUACUGAAACGACUGCCAUUAUUCGUAUCAAACCAAUAGCGAUUCAUAAAAGCUAAAUCUUGUAAUCAAUGGUGGGCCAAUAAUGAAUUUUUUUGCAUAUGUAUUAAGACGCUUGGUCUGAUUUCGAAAUUGUCCAGAGUUUUUUAUGUUGUUUUCAUUGCAAAAUGAUGGAUCUCCUUCCGUAACUUUCCAAUUACGAGUACGAGAAUUGAAAGACAUGAAAAUUCUCAAUUCUCUACGGCGUCUAGGAGAUGGAUCGAAUAUUUUCAGGAACAAGAAAAUCAGAAGAAUCUUUUUCUCUAUUCACUACCAUUCCGCGUCUUCGACUUCUAUUAGUUUCUUUUCUUCUUUAAUGCAAUAGCUAUAGUUUGAUAUAGAAUCCAUUUCUCAAAGUAAUGGAAACCAUUCUCUUAUAGGAAAUGGUUCGAAAAUCGCUAUUCCACCUUUUAGGUUUAGGUAUCGUGAAAAGUGAUACCUGUGAAGAUCGUGCAUUUCAGUCACAUUCAGAUCCGUUUUUCGAGUCCAUGAUAUAACCAAAUUGGAUGGAUCUUCCACCCGUUUAGCUAAGAAAGAAUAGAUGCAGAGGUGGAUAAUAGAUCGAUAUGAAGAUCAUGAGCUGCCCCAUAAUGAAACCGCCAGUAGUCGCGAAUAUCUCCUUCUUCCCUAACCCAAGAUUGGAGAAAGAAGAUCUAAGAGGGACCUAUGGAGAAUGUGGUCAGAAAUCCAUAAUAGAGUCCGACCACAACGACCGAAUUAAUUAUCCUCAUCGAGAAACUUAGACUACUUUAGACUACUUAAGUAGAAAAGAUUUGAAAAUCAUGGCAUGGGUCUCCUUUUUUUCUUUCUUUAGAGUUUUCUAU